UAUCCCUCAUCUUAUACCCCAUCAACACGUCAAGAUGAGAUUCGAGACUCUGAUCGUCAGCCUCCUGGCCUCGGCCGCCGUUGCCGUCCCCAUGAACGGAGACGGAGCCAGCGCGGCCCUGCAGGCCCGGAGCGAGGCGCCCGGAAACGGGCCCAUGCCCGCGCACUUUGCCAAGCGCGACCCCAAGAGCCCCGGCGAGGUCAAGGAGGACCUCAAGAAGAAGAUCGAGGCGGACAAGGAAAAGGCCCGCAAGAAGCUCGAGGAGGCCAAGAAGCGCCUGCCCAAGAUCCCCCACCUCAACAUCACCAAGCCGGGCAUGCCGCCGAGGCAGCAGGUGAAGCGCGCCGCCGCCAAGGACAUGUUUAGCGACCCCCAGGUCCCCGUCGCCGUCAAGAAGAAGGGAGAGGACGCCAAGAAGAAGGCCGAAGACGCAAAGAAGAAGGCCGAGGACGCCAAGAAGAAGUCGCCUCCCAAGGUCGGCGUGCCGGUGGGCAAGAACAACACCAAGCCGGGCAAGCCGCCCAAGAAGAGCGAGCCCAAAAAGGCCACGCCCAAGCGCAGCGUCACCCUCGAGGAGCGCGACCCCCUGAACCUGGGCGACAUUGGCAAGGACAUCAAGAAGGAGCUCGAGAAGCUCAGGCACAAGUUUGGCAAGCCCAAGAACGGCACCGCGCCCGCCGCGCCCGCCGAGCCCGCCGCCAACCAGAAGCGCGACGUCGAGGCCGAGGCCAAAAAGGACUGCGACAAGAAAAAGGACGGCAAGAAGCCGCGCAAGGACAGGAAGGGCGGCAAGAAGAACAACGGGCCCAAGCGCCCCGGCAAGAACAGCACCAUGCCCAUGCCCAAGCCCAAGCCCGCCACCCCCAAGGGCAAGCGCUCGCUGCCCGUCAGGCUGCCCGCCAUGUUCUAA